AUGACAUUCCUCAACAUGACAACUAAGGAGUAUUCUGAUUACGACAACCUAACAAAUCAUAUUUUCCCAGUCUGCAACAACAACAUAAUGGACUUCAGCCGCUUCCUACCUACCCUUUACAGCAUUGUCUUCAUCUCGGGGUUAAUUGGCAAUGGCCUGGUGCUGUGUGUCCUGGUCAAGUACCACAAAAGUUCCAACAUGUCAGAUCUGUGUCUCUUCAACCUGGCUAUUUCAGACCUCCUCUUCCUGAUUUCAUUGCCUUUUUGGGCUCACUACGCUGCCAUCUCUGAGUGGACCUUCGGGGGCUUCAUGUGUCAUGCAGUGACAGCGCUCUACAUGCUGGGAUUCUAUGGAAGUAUCUUCUUCAUGAUCCUCAUGACCAUUGACCGCUACACUGUCAUUGUCCACACUUACACCUCCCUCUUCUCCAAGCACCGGUCUGUCAGAGCUGGCAUAGCCCUGGCUUUGUUUAUAUGGGCACUUAGCUUGGGAGCUUCUCUGCCAAACAUCAUUUUCUCUCAAGUGAAGAAUGAAUCACAUGGAUGGACAUGCAAAGAGGAAUAUCCUGAAGGAUCAGCGUGGAAGCCAUUCUCUUACAUUGAGCUGAACAUCCUCGGCUUGAUCAUUCCUCUCUUGGUGAUGGUGUUCUGCUACUCGCGCAUCAUCCCCAUCUUAAUGGCGAUGAAAUCUCAGAAGAAACACAAAGCUGUCAAGCUCAUGCUGGUCUUAGUCAUUGUUUUCUUCCUAUUCUGGACGCCCUACAACAUCGUCAUCUUCCUGAAGCUCCUGCAUCACUUGGGCUACAUGAGCACCUGUCAGUGGUAUCAGGACCUGAGCAUGGCUAUGCAGUGGGUGGAAACCAUAGCGUUCAGUCACUGCUGCCUCAACCCCAUAAUCUACGCCUUUGUGGGGCAGAAAUUCAGAAAUUUAUUUCUAAAGAUCCUGAAAGAAUGGUUUCCUCUUUGCUUUGGGCAUUGCAUAACAACUGAGUUCUCAGAGAGGAGGACCAUUAGGUUCUCACACACCUCAGUGAUUUCCAGCUCAAAGUCAAAUUCAAUAUUGUAAGCAUUAUCACGUUUAAUAAACUAUUAAGUGUUAUUAUGUCUCUUUUGUCAGUAUUUCAGUUGUCAUACUGUUUGGACAGUGUAACCAAUGUGAAGUAAAGUUACUAAUACUGUUGUUA